UCUGCAGGGGAUGUCACAAAUCCUUUCCCAGUGCCUUCUUUGCCAAACGGUACUUCCAAGCCAAGGAGACCUCAACUCCAGUUUGAAAAACAGCAUCCAGUGGAAUACUACAUCGAAGAGGCCAAGAGGCUGAAGCACAUAGCCGAUGCAAUGACCGACAGGACUGAAAGGGCCUUCCAGUACCUAGAUGCUGCCCUUUCCUUCAUUGAAUAUGGGAUUGCCUUGGAAUCGGACCCAACAGAACCCAAAUCGGCUUCCAGCGUGUUCAGAGGCACCAUAGAUCUCCUCAAAUUCAUCAUGACACUGAAAUCCUUUACAGAUGCCUCAGCAUCUUCACAGGACAAGAUCUUUGCUGUGUUAUGCAUGCGCUGCCAGUCCCUUCUGCACAUGGCAAUGUUCCGUUACAAAAAAGAUGCUGCCAUGAAGUAUUCCAGGAUCCUGAAUGACCACUUCAAGAGUUCUUCCAGAUCUACACAAGCACCUUCUCUGUGUGUUGCAAGAAGCACAGGCAUGACUACUUAUGCUGGCAGUGGCUACAGUGGGAACAGCACUGGCUCUUCAGUCACUGUUCCCUACAACAUCCCAGACAUCACCUCUGCCUACAUCAACAUCAGUUCCUAUAUCCUCUAUGCAUAUGAUAUUUGGGAAAAGGCCGAUGCACUGGCCGGGAAGAACAUGGAGUUUUUUGCUGAACUCAGCACAGCGACGUGUGCUCUGGCGCUGAACAGCAGCGUGACCGAAGCGGUACGCUACGCUAGGCAGGGUUUGCAGUGGCUGAGAUGGGAAACAGCUGCACCUUAAGGUGGGUGAGUACCUGGAACUUCUUUGCACUUUUGAAGCCUCAGUGACAGUCUGACUUGUUGAAUUAAUGGAUUCAAACCACCUGCAUAGGAGCACAAAUGGAGAUGGCAGGAACCUGGUUACAGUGGAGGAACUUUGAAGACCAGCACUGCCUCCAGCACUGACACCAAUACCUGCACCAACACCCGCAGUGACACUGAUACUGACACUGCCC